UAGCUGCUAUUAAUCAAUUGGCCUUGAAUUUACGCGUAAUCCUUUUGCCGAUGAUUGUUUAAUGUAUCCUGGAUUAUAGCUGCUCAAUAAAUAUAAAUAUAUAAUAUAUAUAUAUACUUAUUUAUUUAUUUAUAUAUUGGUUGAUUUAUGUCGUCUAAUUCUUGACCAGCAUUCCGGAAGGUCGCAAUCGCUAUCGAGGUCCUGUCGCGUCCCUGCAAGACGUCGUGGUGAGGGUCACAGAUGGGAGGAAGUUUAAAAAUGAUAUCCAAUGAUAGGUAGCUAUGUGGUUGUAUUAAUACUCUCAUAGGUGAAAAAUAUAUUGAUGCAGUUACAAUUCGAUGUCAGAUUUAUUUUAAAAAGUAUCGCGCGUGCGCGAGUACGGGCACCAGGGAAAGUAUUUAAAUAAGUUGCGGCACUUUUAAGUCGGAAGGCCAUUCUUGUCCUGACUGUCACGGCGAUCGUGCUAAAUCUUACGUAUUUAUCGAUUCCUUUUAUUGAUCGGUUUGAUUUUUCACUGCAUGGGUAGCUACAGAAAGUACCAGUGAGUUUUUUAUUUGCCUGUAAAUAUUGUACUCAAGUAAUUGUAAAAUGAUUUACAAGUGUUAUGACAAAUAGCAAUGGAAAGGUGAAGUGCAGUGGUAAAAAAACAAACUGCUAAUUAUUAUUUUUAAGUAAUUAGAUAUUUUUUAAUUAAAUAAAAUGGAUGAGCAAUCAGACAUUCAGCGGGAAUCGAUGGACGAGGUGGGCAAUCUGAUAUUCUCACCGCCGUUGAUGAGAAAAUCCGAUACUCGAGACAGUAUUUCGUCUAUUGACAGCGACGUCAGUUUGUCUUUUGACAGGCGAGGCUCCAAAAGUGAAGAUGCCGAUUUUUCGGAUUUAGGAAGUGGCGGUGAUGAACCCGAUCGUAUUUCGCCAGCAUUAUCAAGAGUAACGACUGUCACAACAACAACAGAGCCACAAGAGACGUGUCUUGAUAACGCUGAUGACAAUCAUGUAAAUAUUAAUGAAGAUGAUAAGAAUAAAGGUGAAUCUGACGGGUAUUAUUCAAAAAGUAGUGAUGAAGCGAGUGCUUUAACUCCUCCGAAUUCCCCGUCUAAUCAGCAAGAAGAGACAGCGGUAAUCUGUAGUGACGAAUUGGCGGAAAAGAUAGCCGCUCAAGUUGAAUUUUAUUUUUCCGAUGAGAAUAUUGUGAAGGAUGCGUUUUUACUUAAGCAUGUAAAAAGAAAUAAAGAGGGAUAUGUAUCGUUGAAACUUAUCUCGAGUUUCAAGCGAGUUAAACAUUUGAGCCGAGAUUGGAGAAUUGUUGGCGCAGCUCUUCGAGCUAAAUCUACUAAAUUGCAAGUAAAUGAACUGGGUACUAAACUAAGACGACGAGAUCCUCUUCCACAGUAUGACCAAACACUGCCAUCAAGAACAGUAAUCGCAGCAAAACUUCCGCUGGAUAAAUUGACCAUUGAAUCGGUAGCUGAAUUAUUCCGAAAGUGCGGCGAAAUCGCUCUUAUUCGUAUAUUAAGACCGGGACAUCCGGUUCCAGCAGAGGUUCGUCAAGCGAUUUCGAAAAAACAAGAGCUUGAGACCGAUGAAGAAUGUGCCUUAAUAGAGUUUACAGACUCUGCUGCUGCACGGGCAGCUCAGCAACUGACCUUGGGUGAAGCUGUGAUUUAUGAGCUUCAGCAGAUAUCAACAGGAGAGAAAAAACGUAAGCAGCAGCUGAGUCAACAACAAAACCAACUGCAAUCUCAACCGUCAAAAAAGAGUGUUGCAGCAAGGCUGUCUGCUGCGCGAGAAAAUGUUUAUAGUUCAUUAAAUUGCCCAAACAGUUCUGAAGAGGACAUUCGGAGCUCCAGAUUAAAAUCCAGCAGAAUUUAUCAGGGCAAAAGAGACAUGCCGCUACCUAGUCCUUACACUUGUCAUAGCCCACCGUCGCCAGAGCCUUGGCUGCCAAGACGAUUUUCUGCAUGUGCUAUUUCCGGAACAGAAAAUAAUUCACUUCUAUUCCGCCGACUCUCAACGUGUUCUAGCACAGGCUCUAGCUCAGACGUUUCAAGUUACUCUGGUAGACGUUUCUCAUCUUGUUCAUCUGGUUCAGAUACUAGUUUCGGUUCGCCUCUGUACCACCAUUCCCCUCAUCAAAGUCACCACAAUCUCUACCCUCCAUUUAAUUAUUGGCCUGGUCAACCAGCGUCUCGUCGAUUCUCAUGCUGCACACCUCCGAAUAUGACUCCUCCGAACAUAGGAGGCUACGGCUUUGAUUACCCCAACGGGGCAUUUUACCAUCAAACAGGUAGACGUGGGUCCGCAGAGUGUGGGACAUUUAUCAGAAGACUCUCCAAUUGCAGCAGAGAUUCUGGUUAUGAUGCAGGGUCUAGAAGACUCUCAUCUUGUUCAUCUGGUUCUGAUUCUUGUUCAGGUUUUCGUCCUCGUAGUAAUAGUGGAUUCGUCCUGAUGGCACAUUUGCCUGAAAAUGUAACCAGAUUACCAUCAGGACCUGAUGGAACUCGUGGCUUUGGUAGGAGUAAUUCUGCUGUUGAAACUUCAACAUCAAAAACUUCUGUUGAUCCGUCCUGUGGAUAAAUAAAUUGUAAUUACUAUUAAAUUUAUAAAUAUAUAAACAUGGUAUUUUUACUGGAAAUUGAUACUCAGUUGUGAAUAAUUUAGUCAAUAGCCACAUCAACUUAAUGUAAUUCAUUGAAUUAUUAUUAUUAUUGUUAUUGCGUGAUUAACGCGUACCGUUAAUUAAUACUUAGUAUGUACAUACAUUUAACGUACAUGGUAAAAUUAUUUUUAAUUGCACUUUGACCACUUAUGAGGCAGUGUUACAAUGCUUGAUUUUCUGUUGAUUUUUUUUCAAAGUAACAUUGACCCGAUUACCUGUGCUAUUGAUCAUCAGAAUUAUCAUGCUAUGAGAAUCAUUGAAUUGCGAGGCAGAUCGUUCAUACAAUGGGCCCCGCGUUGAGUCAAAAGGAGAAUUACCCUUGGAUUUAAAUGAUAAUCAAGGCAAUGUCAAAUGAGAGAAGAAAUUACUCUGUUUCAUUAUAGCCUUCACCUAUUCAACAACUUAAAUUAUUAAUCAUUAAUUAAAUAUAUAAAUUUAUCAUACUUGAGAAAAAAUUCAUUAAGU